GUGCGGUGCGGGAAGCGGGAAGUGCGGGAACAGUGUACGGAGGUACGUCUGACUCGUUUUAUUGGGGAGAGACUGUACGCCGAACGCAAUCAUGAAGAUGCAAGGGUUGUCUUUGACGAGCGUGAAGAAACACCCAGCUCUGCUCCCACUGUACUUCUGCAUAGGACUGGGUGCCUGCGGCGCGUUCCUAUACACAUUACGCUUGGCGACACGUAAUCCCGACGUCUCCUGGUUAAAUAAGAAAGAAUCCGAACCAUGGAACUACUACAAGGACAAACAGUACAAGUUCUUUGCGACGAACGAGAAUUACGCCAAAGCCAAGAGCCAAGCACCUGAGUAUUGAGUUACACUGUAUAAAAAACUAGUACUUGUUAUAGGAAUAAAUUGUUAUAUAAAUCGCUAUCCCUUCUAAGUACUUUCGUCUCAAAGUGACGCUAUUAUUCUUGCAACCAAACAACAACAGGAGUGCAGCAAUCUCAAUUUUCCUGAAAGAAGGAUUUCAAUUUUAUUGAAAUGUAUGUGUAAUUUAAAAAUGUACAUUAUGUAAUUUAAUUUUUAAAGAAAGUUUGUAUCUAAUAUUGAAUAAAGGAGUCGCGAUACA